ACCGUUCUAAAGCAUUUCUUUCAUUAGGAGCCUAUCUGGCAACAAGCAAAAAAGCCUUGAUCCUAGUUUAAAGUGCUUAAUGCUUUCAUGUACAGUAGCUUAAAGUUCCACUUAAUACUGAUCUUCAGCUCCCUCUUCCCACUUACUGGUAACUGAUUAGUUUUAAACUUAAUGCUUAACUACCACUUAAUGCAUUACAGUUGAAUCUGCCUGUAAAAGUCAGGGCAAGAUUCUAUCUGGGUUAUUGUGAAUCCAAAUCCCUGACUUCAAGUCUCUUGAACUUCAUUUUCUUCUGCCUGUGCUUUGCUCUUGGUGACUUUCCUCUGAGGCUAAGCUUGUGAUAUUCUUAACUACACUGUAAUCCAUAAUCCAUUUUCUUAUAUGUUUGUCUGGUGGAAUUUCAUUACUUGAUGGUAUUUUCUGUGAUUAUUUGUUGUUGCUAUGAGAACUUCAACAGAAGUCCCAUAAUAUGACAGUAAACCUAAAGCUGUAGUUAGUAAUGUAGAAAGAAUGUUAAUUAACUGCAAAGCUAAAUCAACUGUGGUGGAAGGAAAAAAAUAGGCUCCUUUCCCCUUUAGAAGGGGGAUAGCACUGAAACUGUUAAAAUGAAACGGAUUUAAGUUUAAAAGUAACACUGAAAAGUGGGAGAGAUGCUACCUAGUAAUAUUUCUGAUACUGUUUUUUUAAAGGUUGGUAGAUUCCUGGUGGGCUUGGACAGAAUCAGACAUGGAUGAAAUAUUUCUGAGUUCCAACUAUCUUACUCGACUCAGCCAUGUCUAAAACAAUUUCUGAGAUUUUUUUUCUAUCCAAUAAGGAUAUCAUUAUGCUGUGAAAGACAGAUCUCUAGUUCUAUAUCCUCUCUUUACAAAGGGACAUGAGGUAGGGUAAACUUGCCCCUACAGAAGGGCCUUGCUCUAAGGAAAUCUCUCCCCUUAACAUUUGCACAUAAAAUGAAAAUAAAAUACUGACUAAACUCUUGGAACUAGGGCUGCAUUGUGGUGGGCUUACAUGAGAAAUGAAGUUCUAUCUAGCAGGAUUUUCCGCACUAGGUCAGCGUAGCAGGCUUUAACAGGGCAUUCCUUUCUCCCUGGACUGGCAGUGAUUCUAGCUGCCCUACUGGCCUACUACCAUCUUGUCUUUUCCAAUUCUCUGUCUGUUCCUUCUCUGCCUUUUGGGAUUUGGGUGUAUGUUAAAGAGCGGAUGUUGAGAUAAUCCCAGCUCCUGGGGAUUUAGCAUGCAUGAAUUUUUUCAUUGCACCCAGUGCAGAGUGGUAUCUCCUCUUUAAGCUCCACCUUCUGGCAGUGGUACAGAAUCGUGAUUAAGCAUGUAUGGAAAUUUCCAUUGCUCUGCUCUUGGGCUGGGCUGCUAGCUGCAAGCUCUUACUAUGCUAGCAAGCAAACUUUGCCCCCUCCACGCUGCUAGCUGAAUAUACUGCAGUAAUAUUAGAUUUCACGUCUGCAGCUUUAACUCGUUAGAAAGCUGUUAUGUUGCCUUAGACCACGCACAUCAACGUGUAGCUGUUCUCAAGCGAUCCACAUUUGGCUUUUUCCCUAGAAAUCUCCCUGGGCACAUACAAAGAACUUCGUGUGUCAAGGACAAAUCCCUAGGGGAUUCUUCCCGCCCCCUGGCGAUUAGAGCUUGCCCUCACUGAGGGGCGCCGAGCCGGGGUCCUUGCGGGAAGGGCUGGGGCUGAGCCCAAGGGCACAAAAUGGCGGCGGCGGCUGAGGGCACGGAGCGGGAAGCGGGAGGGAAAUACGGCACCCAGUGCGCAUGCGCAGUGCUCGCUGCCUCCCCCCCUCAUCCCCCGGGCCGUGAGGGAGGCGCUGGGCGGGAAGAUGGCGCUGGGCGGCAGGCGGGCAGCUCGCUGUGGCAGCGCGCUUCGCCUGGGGCAGCCGGCGCUGAGGCGGCCCUACGUGGCGGCCGGCGGCGAGGAGGAGGAGAACGAGGAGGAGGAGCAGCGGCAGCUGCUGGAGCUGUGCCGGCGGCGGCGCUUCCUGCGGGGAGGCGCGGAGCCGCGGCCCUGGCGCUCCUACCUCAGCGGCUGCCACCCGGGCUUCGGGCCGCUGGGCGCGGCGCUGCGGGGCAACCUGGCGGAGCAGUGGUGGCACUCGGCGCUGGCCCGCAGGGAGCAGGUGUUCGCCGUGGAUUCCCCGCUCCACGGCAGCCACAACGCUGGCGUCCCGCAGGCCCGCGAUGCCCUGCGGCUGCUGAGCUCCGAGACGCUCCGCCAGGUUGUCCAGGAGCCGGCCGGGCCCGCCCUGGAAGAAGCGCUGGGGAGCGCGGGGACGCUCCGGGAGACGCUGCUGCCCGGUGUUUUGGCACAAUAUGUUAGCUGUUUAGAAUUUGCAAACAAGAGAUUGCCUUGUGGCCUUGCUGAAGUUGGAGUAUGUUUUCACUCUAUUCCAGACAGUGAGCUACACAACAAAAACCUCAGAAGAAUAGGCGAAAGGACUACCUCUUUGCUUGCAUGGUUUAGCUCUCCUAGAACUGCGGGACAGUGGCUCGACUACUGGUUGCGUCAGAGACUGCAAUGGUGGAGAAAGUUUGCAGUAGGCCCAUCUAACUUCAGCAGCAGUGACUUUCAGGAUGAAGAAGGAAGAAGAGGAUUUAACUUGCAUUAUAACUUUCCUUGGGGAAAAGAAACAAUAGAAACACUGAAGAACCUUGGUGAUACUGAAUUGUUAGAGAUGUAUCCAGGGGAUAGAUCAAAAUUACUGGGCCGAGACGGAAGGAAGAAUGUUAUUCCUCAUGUCCUGUCUGUGAGUGGAAAUCUGGACCGAGGAGUAUUAGCAUAUCUCUUUGAUUCACUACAGCUAGCUGAGAAUCCGUUAACAAAAAAGAAAAAUUCACAAAGAAAGGUACUUAAACUUCAUCCUUGUCUGGCACCUAUCAAAGUAGCCUUGGAUGUAGGGAAAGGCCCAACAACAGAGCUGCGACAGGUUUGUCAAGGAUUGUUCAACGAACUGUCAGAAAAUAGAAUUUCCGUAUGGCCAGGUUAUCUUGAAACCGUGCAAGUAUCCUUGGAACAGCUUUAUACAAAAUACGAUGAGAUGAGUGUUCUCUUCAUGGUCUUGAUAAAUGAUGCUACUCUAGAGAAUGGAGUGGUCCAGCUGAGAAGCAGAGACACCACCAUGAAGGAAAUGAUGCACAUAUCUAGGUUAAAAGACUUCUUAACUAAGUUUUUGUAUGGAACUUCAUUUAAGCGGUUGUGGUUUUGGCUGCAUGGCAGACAGAUGAGGCCAAAUAUAGAUACUAAGGGACUUCAAAUAUUGCAUCUGUAAUGGUAUGGUUAGUAGGAGUACUAUUAGUUUACUUCCUGACUGGUAGUAGUUGUCCCCUUCUGCUGUUUCUGCAGUGCCUAAAGGAACUGGCCCAUGUUGGCUGCAGAUAGUAUAACAACAUUCUUCCACCAAACUUCUGCAGGUAAAUUUCAUGGCUAUAUGGGGAGUAACACGAACU